AUGAGCUUCGAAUAUCGCGUUCUAUGCUGCCACGUGGCUGUCGACGUGGCAAUUUUGAGCGGUGUUGAGAUUAUCGUAAUUGUGGCCACUUAUUUGACAGGUAAGCCAGCCAUUAUUUGAUACGUUUCAAAAUUUUCGUAUAUUUUUGAAAUUUUCUGUGUUUUCUAUUGUUGUCUUUCUUGGUAGUUUACAAAAAGUAAAAAAUGAAAAAAAUCAGGGUUAUGACGUGGAAAUGUUCGUAAAUGCCACGUCAUAACUUGAAACUUUUUACAGGUUUUCAACACCCCCUGAUGUCUUGCAAAUCCUUCAACGUCAGUUUUCUGGAAAGAUACAACGAGGCUCCGAUGAUUUCACAGCACAAAAUCUGCACCACAAGUGGCCCUCUUCUUUUCUGGAUAAUAAUCCACGUGUUCACAUGUCUCCUCGCUUUGAUCUCAAUCUACAAGAAGAGUCCCACAUUCCUCAGCGGACUUCUGAUUGUGACAAGCAUGGAUCUAUUGAUGUCGCUGGCCUAUUUAGUUGUCCUUCUCACAUUUCUGAUUGUCAACGAACCUGUCGAUAACAUUCUACUGAUGUUUAUGGUUGGUGUGGUGAUUUUCAAGAUCUAUGAGAUGUUGUGUGCGAGAAGAUUGUAUUGGUAUUUGCAGUGGAAACAGGACAAUUUGAUGACGCCGAGAUCGGCUUUGGUGAAGUUUGGUGGAGGCGAAAAUCGGAAUGGUGAGGAGGAAAAUGUUGAUGAUGUUUUUCAAUUUUGA